UCUUACAAAGUUGGGUUGAUUUUUUUUUAUGUAUUAAUAGUAGAUGUUGGUUAUGGAGAAGCAAUUGCAUUGGGUGUUUAUUGUUUAAAUUUCUUGAUCAAAAUAUGGAGAAUGUGGAGGUGGUUCAAAAAGUUGUGAUACUUUUGGGUUGUUUGUAUUUGUCAUGGAAAAUUAUUAGAUAUGUUUGGAGCUUUAUGGAUGUUGAAAAAGAACCUCUAGUUGUGCUUGUUACUGGAGCUGCAGGUCAAAUAGGCUAUGCUCUAGCUCCAAUGAUCGCAAGAGGGUCCAUGUUGGGUUUAGAUCAACCCAUAAUUCUGCACAUGCUUGAUAUCGAGCCUGCUGCUGAAAUCUUGGAAGGGGUAAAGAUGGAACUAAUAGAUGGAGCAUUUCCACUUCUCAGAGGCGUUCUUGUCACAACUGAUGUCAAUGAAGCUUGUAAAGGUGUUGAAAUCGCAAUCAUGCUUGGUGGAUUCCCUCGUAGGAAAGGCGAUAACAAGGCUCUAAUAUCUAAGAAUGUAGGAAUAUACAAAGCACAAGCUUCAGCUUUGGAGCAACAUGCUGAUUCCAAUUGCAAGGUACUUGUGGUUGCUAAUCCUGCAAAUACAAAUGCACUAAUCUUGAAAGAAUAUGCACCUUCCAUCCCAGAAGAGAAUAUCACAUCCCUUACAAGACUAGAUCAUAAUCGUGCUUUGGGCCAAAUAGCUGAGAGUCUAAAUGUCCAUGUUGGGGAUGUAAAAAAUGUUAUCAUUUGGGGUCAUCACUCAUCAAGUCAAUAUCCAGAUGCUAAUCAUGCUGUUGUGGACACUGGCGUUGGACUUAAAUCUGUGACAAAACUUGCUACUCAUGAAAAUUGGAUCAACACGGAUUUCGUCACAAAUGUGCAACAUAGAGGCGAAGAAAUAAUUAAAGCUCGGAGGUUGUCUAGUGCAUUUUCUGCAGCAAGUGCUGUGUGUGAUCAUAUGAGAGAUUGGAUUCUUGGUACUCCUAAGGGAACAUGGGUGUCAAUGGGAGUUUAUUCUGAUGGGUCAUAUGGUAUCCAACCGGGCUUAAUCUACUCUUUCCCAGUCACUUGUGAGAAAGGCGAGUGGUCUAUUGUUCAAGGGCUUAAGAUAGGUGUGCUCGCAAGGGAGAAGAUGGAUACUUUAGAGAGAGAGCUGAAUGAAGAGAAAAGUGUGGCCUACUCAUGCCUUCAUGGACAAGCUUAUGUAUAAUAAUAAAAAUAAAAUUUUUAGCUAAUGUUGAUAUUAACCCAUAUGUAUAUAAAUCAAUUUCUAUUAUUAUUAUUUAUAUUAUAAAUCAAUAUAAAAUCAAUGUAAUCGUUUUAUUCUU